UUUUUUCCAACCCUCUUUUCUUGUUGAAAAGGUGUCCAAGCUACACAGAACCACAGAAUCUAACACAUGUUUCAGAAUUCUUUCUCAUGGGCCUCUCAGAUGAUCCAGAACAGCAGGCUUUGCUCCUUGGGCUGUUCCUGUCCAUGUACCUGGUCACCACGUUGGGGAACCUGCUCAUCAUCCUGGCUGUCAGCUCUGACUCCCACCUCCACACCCCCAUGUACUUCUUCCUCUCCAACCUGUCUUUGGUUGACAUUGGUAUCACCUCCACCACCAUCCCCAAGAUGAUUGUGGACAUCCAAACUCACAGCAGAGUCAUCUCCUAUGUGGGAUGCCUGACACAGAUGUCUUUUUUGAUCAUUUUUGGAUGUAUGGAUGGUAUGCUUCUGACUGUGAUGGCAUAUGACCGGUUUGUGGCCAUCUGUCACCCCCUGCACUACCCGGUCAUCAUGAACCCAUGCCUCUGUGGCUUCUUAGUUUUGGCAUCUUUUUUAAUUAGCCUUUUGGACUCCCUGCUGCACAAUUUGAUUGUGCUACAAGUUACCUGCUUCAAGGAUGUGGAUAUUUCUCAUUUUUUCUGUGACCCUUCUCAACUCCUCACCCUUGCCUGUUCUGACACUUUCACCAAUAACAUAGUCAUGUCGGUUGGUGCCAUCUCUGGUUUUCUUCCUAUCUCAGGGAUCUUUUUCUCUUACUAUAAAAUUGUUUCCUCCAUUGUGAGAAUCUCCUCAUCAGAUGGGAAGUACAAAGCCUUCUCCACCUGUUGCUCUCAUCUGUCUGUUGUUUGCUUAUUUUAUGGAACAGCUAUUGGAGUUUACCUUGGAUCAGCAUUGUCACUUUCCCCCAGGAAAGAUGUCGUGGCCUCGAUUGUGUACACCGUAGUCACCCCCAUGCUGAAUCCCUUCAUUUACAGCCUGAGGAACAGGGACAUUAAGAACACCCUAUGGAGACUCCACAGCAGACAAAUCUAA